AAGAGCUGCCGUCCCCCGGCGAGUUACUGUAAGUGCAAGCCUAAAGAGAGUAGAGUAACUGCGGUAAGCGCUUUAUUUCACAGCCAGGGUGCCAUUAACCACGCCAUGUCUACACAUAAUGCCAUAUAGUGCAAGAGUUUGCUAAUGCAUGUGGCGAAUGAACCGGAGGAUCAUACGGGAAAUUCAACAAUCAGCUGGCCGGGAAAACCUUUCACACCAGCCGGCUUCCGGGGAUUGAGGGUCUGCAUCGGCUGACGUUGGUCUUGUGGCUCCGGAGGGGAGGAAAGGCGAACGGGCACAUCAUCAUCGCCGACAUCCACCUCUCGGGUUUUUUUUAGACACUUUCGAUAUGUCAAGAAAGCUACAAAGGACGGAAAUCUGCGCUGACUGCAGUGCACCAGACCCUGGCUGGACCAGUAUCAACCGAGGGGUACUGAUCUGCGAUGAAUGCUGUUCAGUUCACCGCAGUUUAGGACGCCAUAUCUCCAUAGUCAAGCAUUUGAGGCACAGCGGAUGGCCGCCCGCAUUAAUGCAGAUGGUUCAAACAUUGGCCGGCAAUGGAGCCAAUUCAAUAUGGGAACACAGUCUUCUGGACCCUGCCCAGGUGCAGAGCGGCCGAAGAAAACCCAACCCACAAGACAAAGUCCACCCCACAAAGUCAGAGUUUAUCAGAGCCAAGUACCAGAUGCUGGCCUUUGUGCACAAACUACCCUGUCGCGACGAUGACGGCGUGACUACCAAGGACCUUAGCAAGCAACUUCACUCAAGUGUGCGGACAGGGAGUUUAGAGACGUGUCUUCGGCUGCUGUCCCUUGGUGCUCAGGCCAACUUCUUCCAUCCAGAGAAGGGCACUACCCCACUGCAUGUAGCCGCCAAGGCAGGGCAAAUCUUACAAGCUGAGUUACUCGUGGUAUACGGCGCCGACCCUGGAGCCCCGGACAUCAAUGGACGCACACCAAUGGAUUACGCCAGGCAGGCGGGUCACAUAGAACUUGCAGAACGGCUGGUUGAGUGUCAGUAUGAACUGACUGACAGGCUGGCGUUCUACCUGUGUGGCCGACGCCCAGAUCACAAGAAUGGACAUUAUAUCAUUCCUCAAAUGGCAGAUAGAGCUCGUCCUAAGUGCCCGACACAGAGUUUGGACCUUUCAGAACUAGCCAAGGCUGCGAAGAAGAAGCUACAAGCGCUGAAUAACCGGCUGUUUGAAGAGCUCGCAAUGGAUGUGUACGAUGAAGUGGAUCGCAGAGAAAACGAUGCAGUGUGGCUAACUACGCAGAACCACAGCACUCUGGUAACAGAAAGAAGCGCUGUGCCCUUUUUACCAGUCAACCCUGAGUACUCUGCCACACGGAACCAGGGUCGUCAAAAGCUUGCCCGUUUCAAUGCCCGGGAGUUUGCCACACUUAUCAUAGACAUCCUCAGCGAUGCCAAAAGGAGACAGCAGGGGAAAGGUCUCAGCAGCCCAACUGACCCAUUGGACCUAGGCUUUGACGAUGACCAGCAUGACUACGACAGUGUAGCAUCUGAUGAAGACACAGACAGCGAGCUCACCACCCAAAAUAACAACAACACGCAACGCAACAACCGUGCAAAGAGUAUGGACUCGUCAGACUUUUCGGAUGGACCAAUCACACUGCAGGAGUACCUGGAAGUAAAGAAAGCCCUUGCCUCCUCGGAAGCUAAAGUGCAGCAGUUAAUGAAAGUCAACAACAACCUCAGCGAGGAACUGAGGCGUCUCCAGAAAGAGAUCACACGGAUGCAGACAGAGAACAGCGUGCUGCGGGGGGGCCAGCAGACUGGGGGAUCAGCGGGCCAUGGGGUUGGGGGCCCCGGCGGAGGAGGAGCCUACUGGCCAGGAGGCGGGAUGCGAGGAGUGAUCGGUGGCGGGGGUAUGAGCGGAUUGGGGACAGGGAUUGACGCCUCAGUGCUCACAGCGCCGUCUUUAGCCACGCCUCAGUCCCAUCUCCAUCGGAGAGACCGCCAGGCUUUCUCCAUGUAUGAGCCCGGGGCUGCCCCUAACCCCACGGCCCAUGGUCCCCCAGCCUUGGACUCCCUGGCAGCCCGACUGCAACCCCUCAACACACCCAGCGUAAGGAAGGGUAGUACGGGGGGUUUGGCACCGUAUGGAAGCCAACAUUUAUCCGGGUCUACAGAGAUGGGCCGAUACAUGUUUUCCAGAUCAGAGAAGCACAGCAGUGGCACCGACAGCGAUUACGACAAUACACAUACGUACGAACCCUCGAUAAGUAUGGGUCGCAGCAGCGAAGAGGAAGGGCGUGGAGAGGCUGAAGACGGUGGUGAGAUGGGCGAUCCAGACCCCACCUUGCCAUGCACUGAGGAUGUCAUACUGAAGACUGAGCAAGUGACAAAGAACAUUCAGGAGCUUCUCAGGGCGGCUCAGGAGUUCAAGCAUGACAGCUUUGUACCUUGUUCUGAGAAGAUCCACUCUGCUGUCACUGAGAUGGCCUCACUCUUCCCCAAACGCCCAGCCCUGGAUGCGGUGCACUGCUCGCUCCGCCUGUUGGCCUCCAGCGCCUCGCGGUUACAAGUGGAGUGUCGUAAGGCGGCGCCCACGGAGCCCGGCGCUCCUGCGGUGGACUACCAGCUCCUCACCCAGCAGGUCAUCCAGUGCGCCUACGACAUCGCCAAGGCCGCCAAGCAACUGGUCACCAUCACCACUCGCGAGAAGAAACAGUGACGGCGGAAAACGCGCGGCAGCAAAACGCUGAGGAAAGAGCGAAGACGGCACGGGACAGGUCAGGAGAGGUUUGGACGUGAUGGCCCCACAGGGGGGGAGUGGGAAGGGAGCGAUGACGGUUUAUGUGAGGAAAGAAUAGUCAGGACUAUGCAUGGGAAGAAAGCGUUGACGACGAAAUGAGCACAGAAGGAGCCAAAGUGGGAACUAUAAGCUGCAGAAUCAGAUGUGUAAGAUAAACGGCUUUACAAGAAAAGACGGUGGUGGUGGGGAUGCCACCUUAUUUAUUCUCUCCCGUCGCUCAUCGUCCCCCUCGCCCCUCAGCCUGCUCAACUGGACCAACAAACGAAGAACAACAACUGUGACAGCCCAUCUUUAUCUCUCUUUUUUCGGGUAGGUGGAUCCGUGUGGACGAGGGUCUCGCCAAUCCACCGUCCAAUCUCUGGUUUGCUUUUGCGGCCUGUUGUUGGAGGUCCACAGCAUGUUCUGUCUGGCAUGCCCCCCCCACCCUCCCCUUGAAAAUGCAGAUUUGGGAUGGUUCUGCAUAUCUGCAAACUUAUGAAAACACUUAACACUGGAAUAAUUGUGAUUUAUCGUUCUUGUUUAUCAUGUUUUUGUAAUAUUUUACUGACUUAUCUUGAUUUAAUUCUGUAUGUUUGUUAUUGUCUCACUUUUAAUUCUCAUUUAGUGGCACAGGGAGAGAGCGUUUACGGGGAUUUAAGUUAACAAAAAAAAAAUAACCUGUGAACAAUCCUGAGCAUUUCUUAAGCCUUUCUUUUAAGUUAUACACUCAAAUAGCCGAGGGGUUUAUCAGGUGCCAAAAAAGACCAAAAACCCUCUGAUCGUGUUCAUAAUUUUAAAUGAAAGCUCAAGUGUUUCCGAAUGUUUUUAUGUUUUUAGUUUUAAAACUUUGCCUCAUUUAACCGAGCCAGUGGAAUCAUCUCAGAAUUAGCCGUGGCAGCAACCAGGAACACAAGGAGAUACACUUUUUAAUUGUAUUUGUUUAAUUUAGAAUUUGAUUUCCUCUCAGCGUCCACAUCUUUAGACAGCCUGCCGAGCAAUGUCACGUUUUUUAUUUUAUUUUUUCAUUUGAGCAAAUUCUGUGUCAUGGCCUGCUGAUUUUGGCCCUCAUGUUACAUCAUGGUUGCGUAGAAAGACACUUGGACAAAGCUGGUUGAAUUGUGCCAAAGAUGGAACCUUCUUGUUUAAACUCCCCCGCAGGUUUCUCAUCCUGAAGACAUCAUAAGAUAGACCUCCCUGUCUUUAAAAAAAAAAGAAAAAAAUAUUCAACCUUGCAAAAUAUCCCAAGCACUUUGAAGAGAUGGACCAUCUUCAGCACUUCUUCGACCAUUUCAGUUGUCAGUUUUCUUUUUUUCGGUCACAUGCCUUCGUAGGGGAGGGCAGAUUGUUCGCUCGUUCAAAACAAAACCUUAAAAAAAAAACUUGCAAUGUAUCAUUGCUUGAUAUUGAAUGCCUUUGCACAUGAUCAUCUCCUUUUUGACUGGCUACAACAGAAAUACUUCCAACUCUCAUCAAGUUUUAGACUAGAGCCAUAUAUAUAUCUAAGUAUAUGAACAUAUAUUUUCAUGCUAUAUUUUAUAUUAAGCUACAGGUCAGGGUUGUGUACGUGUGUGAGAUAUUUAUGUGUAUUUGUUUGCCCAAGUGGGCUGUGAGCUCUAUUCACCAAGCAUCCAGUUCAGUCAGGCCUUUAGAGUGCCGUUAGUUGCACUAUUUUUUUAAAUCUUUUUCUCCAAAUACCAGCGGGAUAAAGUAGCAUUUUUCAACAGUGUAGUUGUAGUGUACUAGACUCUCCUAAAGGCCGUAGUUCAAGUGCAUUAGGCACUGGAUGCGAGGGCGUAAUAGAAACAGGUCUGAAGCUCGCUUGGGCUCAGCAUUACAGUCAUCUCGGGAUUGUGGGGGGGCUCCAAUACUGCACACGGCCCCUCUCUAUCCGUGUUUAGCGGACCCCAAGUAGGGUGUCCCUUGUGUGAAUGUUUAUUAACCGCUUCAGUCGCAUCAUGCCCAACAUAUUUUUAAUUUUUUAAACUUUAUUCCUCCAUCUGCACACAUUUUGCAGAGUCAAACACUAAUGUUCAUCAGCUGGACCAAGCCUUUUCGUUGACUCGACCCCCUUUCUCAACCACUGGCGGUGCACUGUGGCCUGUUGCGUUGCUGUCUUUACGGUUCUCCCACAGCCCCGGCUUUUUGGGAGAUGGGUGACGGGAGAGUUUACCAGAAAACACUAAAAAAAAAAAAAAGCCAACAACUGUACAAAGUAGAGAAGACAAUGACUUCAAAAGGUCAGUUGUAAUGGAAACGCAUAAGCUGUACAUUUGUAAUAAAAUAAUAA